CUGUAAACCUGCAGGAGGGUAUCUCUCCUGGAACAUGGAUGGAGUGUAGCUCUCCAGGAACAUGGAUGGAGUGUAGCUCUCCAGGAACAUGGAUGGAGUGUAGCUCUCCAGGAACUGAGUCCUGCCACCAAGAUUCUUAUUUGGAGGCAGCUCUGGCACCGCUGCUUGACGUCAGCUUUUUAACCAUCGAGACGAAAUGUGCAGGUAAAUACUCGGCUGUUACGUGACGUAAGGGGCGGAGUGAGAUUGGAAUAAUCAUGCGAGAUUUAUUUCUUAAUGGAGAUUCGCACGACAGUAUAGAGAAUUGACAUACAGCACAGUUUAGGCUACUGGCACAGUGAGCAAGGCUAUUUUCUGCCUCCUGUGUCGAUUUUGGUUACAAAUGAGUAAUGUUGGAAGAACCACGGCCGCUACGCAAGCUCUUGGGAUAUCAUCACCGGAAAAGAUGAUCACGCUGAAGUGAGAGGUUUGGAACUGAGGCGGCAAUGCCGUUUUAGUCGAGAGAACUUGGCUAACCAGGAGACUGCUUGAGAACGUCGGCUCGUGGGGAAUCGAAAUUAGAUAUGCAGAAUGUUGACACAACAUAUGCUAAAAGAAAUCUGGACACUGUGCCCAAUUUCGUGGGUAACAGAACUCCGAUAUCUACUGCCAAACCGUAGCAAGUGAGGAGCGAGCAAAGAUGCCUGCAGUGACCGUGACCGGAGAAGCGCCCUUUCUCAACGGGGGUGGGAGAGAAGAGCAGCGUCCCUGUAAACCCUCCCUCCCCGGCUCCCUGUGUCGAGAGUCCCACUGGAAAUGCCUGCUCCUCACGCUACUCAUGUUCGGCUGCUUCGGCACGCUCAGCUGGUGCUCUCUCUACCGAGUCACCGUCAUGGCCGCCGACGACCACGGCCUCUACUACGGCGGCCGAGCCCGGCUCUACCACGACAGCCCCUGCUCAAACGGCUACGUCUACAUCCCCGUGGCCUUCCUGGUCAUGCUCUACAUCGUCUACCUGGUGGAGUGCUGGCACUGCUACUCCAAGACGGCCUCGCUGGCAAGGGUGGAGAUCAGCCAGGUGUACGACCGAGUCCAGAGGCUGCAGCAGGCCAUGCCCUGCAUCUGGUGGAAGGCCAUCAGCUACCACUAUGUCCGCCGGACGCGUCAGGUGACGCGCUAUCGCAACGGCGACGCCUACACCACCACGCAGGUCUACCACGAGCGGGUCAACACGCACGCCUCCAGCUCCGAGUUCGACUACACCCGGCACGGCGUGAAGGACGUGUCCAAGGAGCUCCUGGGGCUUCUGGAACACGCCGCCACCCGCCUUCGCUUCACCAAGUGCUUCUCCUUCUCCUCCGCCCGCGCCGAGGCCGCCUACCUCACCCAGCGCGCUUGCUUCUUCGCCGACAACGAAGGUCUGGACGACUACAUGGAGGCGCGCGAGGGCAUGCACCUGAAGAACGUCGACUUCCGGGAGAACAUGCUGGCGUUCCCCGACCCCGCGCGGCAACCCUGGUUCUCCCGACGACACGUGUUCUGGCUGGCCUCCGCCCUGCUGUUGUCCUGGCCGUUGCGCGUCAUCUCGGAGUACCGGACUGCCUACGUCCACUACCACGUGGAGAAGCUGUUCGGCGAGAACGAGGACGCCAACGACAACAACAGCGCCGAGGCGGGGAGCUACCGUCAUGGUCUGGGGGCGAGGGAGCGCGGGGGCCCCAGGCUGCGCGUCAUCUCCAGGGUCAACACGGUGGACAUCACCGAACUGGAGUGGCACAUUCGCUGCAACCAGCAGAUGGUCCCCAGUUACUCCGAGGCGGUGUUGAUGGACCUCAACACCGGCGCGCUGGCGCCCACGCCGCACAACCUGACGAGGAGGAACUCCAGCUACGUCCUCCAGAGCUGCCCCAGGUGCUGCAGGUCCACCAGCAGCUCCUCGCUGCCCUCGCGCGUCAGGGGCAACGUCGCGAUGGGCGCCGGGUCUUUGCGGAGCGGGACGGUGGGGAGGCUAGGGGGCGGAGGGAGGCUGGCUCUCAGCCGUAGUGUGUUCUCUCUGGGGCGCCUGCACACGGUGCGUCAGGCCUGCCUGUUCCACUCCAGGAGCCUCGGAGGAGGACUGGGAGGCCGGGGGGACGACGGGGGAGGAGGGGGUGGGUUUCUGGGGCUGCGGAGGACCAACGAGGAAGGCAGAGGGGUCCUGGUGGGAGACGGAGACGAAGAGGAUGAGAACGAGGUUCGGCUGCAGGAAGACGGGGAGCAGGAAGUGGAGGGAGGGAGGUCAGAGGUCAGGGAGGGGAUCACAGAGAGGCCUCCAGCCUAUCAGGAAGCUCUCCACUUCCCUGUUCUUAUCGUCCACGGUGAGGAGAGCUGUCAUGGAGGUGGAGACCUGGACGCGGGAUAGUCCCCUGUGAUUGGCUAGGGUGAUAUACACUGCGAUUGGCUAGGGUAAUAUACACUGCGAUUGGCUAGGGUGAUAUACACUGCGAUUGGCUAGGGUGAUGUACACUGCGAUUGUCUAGGGUGAUAUACACUGCGAUUGGCUAGGGUGAUAUACACUGCGAUUGGCUAGGGUGAUGUACACUGCAAUUGUCUAGGUGAUAUACACAACUGAAACUAUGGAACGAGAAAGAGUAGAAUAAGGAAGUAGAGGGACGGUCUGUGUGUGUGGAGGUGAGGACAUGAUUGGAAUGCUGUUAGAUGGUUGAAUUGAAUGGUUUAGUCACGGUGACCGGAAAACAGUCUGGACCUGUAAGGUUGACCUUCCUUAUCAGAAAAACGGGUUGAAGUUUGAGAUUAUAACAAGACUGUUGUGAGGGACAAUAUAUGUCAAAUGUCUUGUGUGGCGCACAGUGCACGAGUUGCACUUUAUUUUAUAGUACAGAACCACACACAACUAUGAAGUGAAUACCAGGGCAAAAAGUACCAUCAGAACAACAAAAUGGCCGUCUUGGUACGAAACGGAAGCUGUUCUUUGCAUGUUUCCUCCAGCAUCAACAGAUGUGUGACUCCGUGAAAUGUUAGGUGAUCUAAGAGGCUUUCUGAAUUUAGAGGUUUGGUGGGAGGUAGGAGAAGGUAGUUGUGAAGGAAAGACAAGUUUAACUUUUCAAGCCGAAUCUGCAAAUUGGUCUUUGUAAAGAAAACAAUGUGGUUAUAGUUAAACGUUCAGGUUGCACAUGGACAGAACAAUUAUAAUGCAGUAGAUUUACCUUCAGUGUAUCAAUAUUAAAACAUAUUUAACCUAGAUAAUAUAGUGACGUCAUCAGAAGCAGCAUGAUUGCAUAGACAGUCCAAAACUCAACAAUCCUCUUAUAACUAUACCUGCCCAACAGGAUGGCAGUAAUGACAUGUGAUCAGAAAUACACAGUAUAGGAACAUCUAGAUGCAAAAUGUUCAACUUUAGGCGUAUUAGUUUAGAUCAUUCAGUAGUAUCUAAUAGGGAGUCAGGUGGCUGAGCGGUGAGGGAAUCGGGCUAGUAAUCCGAAGGUUGCCAGUUCGAUUCCCGGUCAUGCCAACUGACGUUGUGUCCUUGGGCGAGGCACUUCACCCUACUUGCCUCGGGGGAAUGUCCCUGUACUUACUGUAAGUCGCUCUGGAUAAGAGCGUCUGCUAAAUGUAAAUGUAAUAGUAUACAAACGUCCUCCAUAAUGAUGCGAUGAGUCCUGAAGGGUCCUACUGGAGAUCAGAGCUGGUGCCACGGAUGUUUGGGAUCAACAUGAAGACGCGUGCGGUCCUUCCUGUCCGAGCUGGACCAGGGGGAACACGGCAGGCGGAGCAGGGGGAGGACCAGGCGGGCAGAGCGGGAAAUCAACCGCACCUGAGCGACUCGAGUUGCUCCGUCUCUGUUCUUCCUGAAACGAGACAACCCCUCCCCCCAUGAAACACGACACCCCCUUCCCCCCUUUUUCAAAAUCUCGGCCACGUGUCCUCCACUUUUAUAAAGCAGGGGGGUUCCUCCAAGUCUCAGGUAUACCCACUGUGACAUCACCGUGUGAGGUCAGCUAGGUUGCAGUCCCAUACUCACAUUCUCUCGUCUUUCUGUUGGUCCCAUCAACAAUACUGUGUGUGCAGAAACCUUGACGCAUAUCAAAUAUCGUCAUAUUUGUUAAUGUUGCAAGUAGACAAAAUGUCUCCGAAAAUCUCUUUGUCUGUCGCUGUCAGAUAGCUCUGGUAAUUCUGAUAUUUCUGAGGAAUUGGUAUAGUUCAGUGAGAGAGUAUUUUACUGUGUAGCUAGGUUAAGAUUCCACUCUGCACAUCCCUUUGGAGAAAAGCACCUGCUAACUAUCUACAUUCAUUGUCGUGAUCUAGAUUAGUUUACUCGGCACAUAAAUCAGCAUUACCCGCUCAGUGUAAUGUGGUUUAAAUAAACGUAUUGUGUCCAAGCACAACUAAACACAGUAAAUACCAAUACCGAGAUACAGAUACAAACCAGCACGCUAAUAUGUGCUCUGCUGUUCAUACAAACAAACCUACUGUAGGUGCACGUUUUAAGCACAAUCUUGCUUAAAGUUGCCACGCAAUCUCCUAGCACGAACAUUUUAACAGGUAAUUUCCAAUAUUGAACAGUAAUAAUGUACUGGCAUCGUUAAGCACCACAGUGAAGUCAGUGUGUGUAACGCUAACCCUAGUGAAAUACAAAAGCACAUCGAAUCAUGACAAUGACUGUGGCAACUCCUUAAUUAUUAACUAUUACAAAUCCAUGUUGAAUGUGAUCAUGUUGAGUAUGGUGGUGGCACAGAAGCACUAAUAAAGUCUGUCAACUUUAA